UACCAUUAUCCCGGCCGCGUGGGGGACAAGCUGAGAGAAAACGGCCACUGCGGGGGGAAAAAAGAAUCACCAAAUUCGUCGCUAAAACGUAGAUAUCUCACACGUACAAUUGCACGUUUGAGUUGCGCUACUGGGGACCGUUUUUUGGAAUGUUUUGGUUCCGUGUGAACACCCCUGCGAACCACGGGGACGUGGCGAGUUCUCAAAAUGGCGGCGGUUUCUGACAGCGAGAAGUGAAACUUUCUUCUUUCCAGCUCGUAUUUUGUCGUUAUUUACGACCCGCUGUGUCGACUGCGGUCGGGCGUCGGCUUAGCUAACACCUACCGGGACACGGAGGAGGCUGUCGGUGCUGUCGUUGGGCCCGUGUGGCGUCACCGUGGGCUCCAGUUUCUGAUCGUCAAACCACCGUUGCCGCCGCCGUCGCCGGGGCUUCCCUGGAAGUUGACGGUGGCUGACAUUGCGAUCAUACCUGCCGUUGUUGUUGUUAUUGUCUUCGUCGUCAGUUCGCUCGACGCUGAACCGUCGGCUGAACGCGGACGUGUUUGAGGAAGCUAGCUAGCUCGUCGAGCCGGCGGAGCGAGCGAGGGCAGGUCGGAGAUCCCGAGGCCGUGUCACGUCAGCUGUCAGCGGAACACCGAGGCUGUGGUGGAUGUCACUACGGUGCGGUGUCAGGCGGGAUCUGGUUUGCUAGCGUCGUGUUUUAAAUAUUGCUUCUUUUUUUUUCUUUUUUUCUUAACAUUUGUUUCCUGGUUCCCUUGUGACGGACAGCCACUCUGGCAAAUCCAAUGGAGAAGCUCCAGGACCUCAGCCAGUCAGAGCUGCAGGAGCUCCUGGACAACCCGGAGAGGGUGGAGUCUAUGGCUCUGGAGUCUGACGAGAUCCAGAACAUCCAGCUGGAAAGAGAAAUGGCGCUGGCGUCAAAUCGCAGCCUCGCCGAGCAAAACCUGGACAUGAAGCCUCGUGUGGAGGAACAGAAGGAGGCGCUGGUGGAGAGAUACUCGCAGUUAGAGGCUGUCCAAGAAACCUACAGACAACACUGCUCCCUCAGAGAUGGCAUGGUGGGUCAGGUGUCUCCAGAGGCGCUGUUCUCCAGAUUACAGACAGAGGGCGGCAAAACAGAGGCAGAUUCAGAGGCUCUCGCUGACGAGUUUCUGGAGGGCUCCCUGUCACUGGACUCCUUCCUAGAGCGCUUCCUCUCCCUGCGCUCCCUCGCUCACAGAAGACGAGUGCGGAUAGAGAAACUCCAGGAAAUCCUGCGACAGAGGAGCGAGUCCAACCCCGCCGCCAUGACGUCGUCAGCAGGCAUCAUGAAUCAGGACCCUGCUGCCACGCCCUCACCCUGGAGUCAGCCCACGACGACGGCCACCACGACAAAUCCACAGCAGCCGAACUCAAAACCUCAGUCCUCCACUUACCAAAACGCCUCUCAGCCGGCCUCCUCAUCUGCAGGCCUCCCCUACAGCCCUUACCCCGUCUCCUCACCCAACCCUCCCCCUGCAGCAGCAGCAGCAGCCGCCUCCGUCCCUGCCAUUCCCCCAUACCCAAGUUCAGGCUCACCUUUUACCCCACAAGGUAGCUACUCCGGCCCCAGGCCCGCUUUCGGGCCUCCUGUUGCGUCUACCUGCCCUUACCCCACCCAGCCCUCCUUCCCUGCCCCACACCCAGGCUCAGCGUUUGGCCAGUACACCCCAAGCAACCCCCAGAGUGGCCCCGCCCCCUACCCGGCCUCAUACAGCUACGGCGGAUACAGCUACCCGGCAGGCCCCGCCUACUCCAGUUCCCAGUCACCAACGGGGAGACCCAUCUACAGACCAGGAUAUGGAGUUCCGCAGCCGUACUCCUGAAAGCACUACUGUUCCUGUGUGGCAAUUCUUCCCUCCUUUGCCGUCUCAUCCUUCUUUCCCCGAACUUUCUCUCUCUCUCUUUUAACCUCAUUCCUUGUCCUCGUCUCAUCUUACCCUAUUGACCCCCCCCUUCCCGUCUCCUGAUGCUGACUCCAGAAAGUGUCGCUUUACUUAUCUUUGUUGCACUAAUUCUCUCUUUCUCUGAAUAUCCGUCUGUUGCUCUCUCUCUCUCUCUCCCUCUCUGUCUCCCUCUCUUUCUGUCUGUAGCCCAGUACACACCGCCACAACAGUUGUAUUAGUGUCUAAUUCAGUUGGUCACUAGGUGGCGAUGAUGCCCCCUUUUCAGCCUGAGGCAUUUUCCUGGUUGACCAAAAAACUAAUUUAGCUGGUGGCUGGAUGUUAGCGAUUGCCAAUCCAUGUCUUGCCUUCAAAAUACAUUCUUGAAGCCGACCAUCGGAUUUCGCACUUUUCUACUCCCGAUCACGUUAUCUGGGUGUAUUAGUCCUGCUCGAAAUUCUGUUGCCACCCUCCGCCUGCAGAACUUGGCACGCGUACUUCUCAUCACCGUAACUCCCGGACCACUUUGGCCUUUCGCCCUAUGUCAGCGGAGACUGGCACAGCACCCUGCGCGAGCCUCAUGUGGAGGAUAAAGCGGUAGGAGACGGACAAAUGGAUGGAUCCCGGAAAGCAUAGAUAUGUCGUUAUAGUAGCCUCUCAGGACUUUACCAUGGAACGACUUUCCAAAUCGCAGACGAGAUUCAGCGGCAUGGCGCGCGUUUGUGACGUCAGCUUCUUAGUUCCUAAACGAUUGAAUAACUGCCAGAUAUGGAAAAUGAAAGUUGUCUUGGAGGGGAAUUUGACAAUUCUACAUCCAAUAAAUCCAAGCGGCCCGAGUAUCAUGACGCUCAUAAGAGGGUGAAACGUGUAUUUUAAAAGUAAACGUUUGUGACGGCGUGUCCCGGGCUUCUCUCUCUUUCCCGUUUCCUUCCUCUUUAACCCGACGACCAGCUCCACCACACCAGUCUCAGGUUGUUACGUUGUGUUGUUGUAUCUGGCUCUUCAUUCUCUCCAUCACUCCCUCCAUCCUCCUCCUCUUCCUCCUCCACCACCACAGUGUGCGCGCGCGUGUUGCUAUAUGACAGACAUAAAGACGUCACCAUCCCCAGAUAAAUGCAUGACACGCAUCAGUCUUUGAAACACGACAUCCGGAGUCCAGUCCGCUUUCGUACUGUUAUCCACGAGAAGCAGCUCGUUCGGGGGAAAGUUUGCGUCCCAGUGUCACCAGCGUAAAACUCUAAUAAUAAUAUUAUUAUUAUUAUUAUUAUUAUUAUUAUUAUUAUUAUUAAUAAUAACAAUAAAGAAAGAUCCAUACUAUCCCACUUUUUGGUGUCUCUUGUGGUAAAGAACAGCACGGUGGCCCAGCAACGAAAGGGCAGAUUUAUCGAUCGCUAAAUUCCUUGUCCGCUAUUUUGAUAAGCGGUUUGAGAAGUUAGCUUCUCAUUAUGUGAAGGUUUUCUGGUUUCCUUUGCGUCUGAAACUGAAUCCUUUUGGUUUGUGGACAUCGUUUCCAGGCUUCUGGGAAACUCGGAUCGAUAUUCUUCAACAUUUUGUGGACCAAACAAGUACUGGACGAAUCCAAACUUUUCCGUUUACUCAUUAUCAUUAACUUCACCCCGUCAAGCAACUUCAAAAGUGGAUGGAGAACGUCUGAAAAGCCGCUGGACUCGCUGUCGCUUCAAACCAACACACCACCCGUCUGUGCUUCACCUCCUUGUGUCCUCGCCUCCUCUCCAUCACGCUCCUCCUCCUCCCUCACUCCUGCUCGUCCAACAUGAACUGAUGCUUGACAAUGAUUACCAGAAGAGAAAAAAAAUAAUGUUUUAUUUCUACAAGUUCACACUAUCAGUGAGAAAACAUGUGGCGUGCGUGCGUGUGCGUGCGUGUGCGCGUGUGUGUAUGUGUGUAUAGUUUAAAUGGAGAGAAAAUAUAGCGGUUGGCGAUCAGUCCUGUGUCAAUUGAGUCAAUUCAAAUAACAUCGUGAUCGGUGUACUGUACCUGAUGAAUGAUCACUGAAUGAACUUUAAGAAGAGUUGAUUACCCCCACCACCCAGAAAUAUCUAUCUAUUAUCACUAAUCACUAACCUUUCAGUGAUUCCAGAGCACUUUUUUUUUUUUUUUUUCCUGUUUUCUUAUUUUAUCACAAACUGUAAAGCAGUUAAAGUGAUAGUUCCAAAUGUAUUUCUUUAAAGUGUGGUCGUAUUGACGUACUGAUCCAGAACCAGCUUGAGAAGUGAAAGCGUGGCUGCCAGUGGGGACUCGCCCCACACCACGGUCUAUAGAGAAAAUAAGCCGCUUUUAGCCUGCUGCCUCGUGUGGUCACUUUGUGUCACUGAGGUAAAUCUGAACAAAGGAUUUCAAAAACACUGGGUUGGAGACCCACAGAUGGGUCAUGGGGAAUCUUUUGGGGUCCCUUAACAAAAAAACAUUACAAAAAUAACGUGCAUAUGUAAUAUGUAUGUAACUGACAAAUUUGCACCCGUCACGAUUGCUUACCGUCUUUAAAAAGUGGGUCCCCCGUACAGAAAAAUAGAAAUCACGCUUCAGAAUAACACGAACUGCCCCUUUAAACGUUUCUGUCUGUGUUUUAGCAUCUUGGUGGCACUGUGGAGCACCAUGGAGCCACAGGUGUAGUCGGUGAGCUGAGGGACUGUUUCUGCUGUGACACUGAACACGUGACGACGCGAUGCCUGGGAAAUGAAAAGUCUAAGAUCUCUGUCUCACCAAAGGAAACUUACAAAACACUUAUUUUGACCAAGAUCCCGAGAACGAUCACUUGUCCAGAUGCAAAUCAAUAAAAAUGGGCGAAGACGCUCUUACAAGUUGCCCCUUCCAUCUUAAACUGUGUCAGUAGCAUAUUCAGUUCUGGGAUUUGAGGGAAUUGGUCCUGUAAAGUCCUUGAAUUUGAUGUGAACCAAGGUGUGGGAACCCUACACUGGGCAAGUCCAUAGGUGAUAGGGAAAAGCGUUGUCAGUCAUGGUUACCUAGUGGACCGGUUCCUCUGUGUCACAUCCCUUUACGUUUUCUCCACGUUAAUGUCUGUAUGUUCCACCGUGUCAGAACACUCUGUUAUCCAAACAUGAUAAACGCCAAAUCUCUGUUCUUUAAUUAUGUUACUGCGCUGCACGUCCAUUCGUCAUUCCCAACGUUCGUAAUCGCGUUGUGUCCUUUCACGACCAAAAUCAUUCACAAAAAUGGGCCUGAAUUUGUGCCGGUUGGGUGUUCUACUCACGGUGCUCGCGUCGUGCCGGCGCCCUUGCGUCUGUGAAGAUCCGAUUUCAGUUCCGGACUCGAUGUAGGGUUUUCCUCCGCUCCACGUGAACAUCCUGGAAUCCACCCUAGGUGACAAACAUCAGGACCCAAAUGUCCCGGUGAGACAACGACAGAAAUAAUAGUAUAACAGUGUUUUAGAGGAAGCACAAGAUGAUGACGUGCUGUAUAAUCUAGUAUUAUUGUCAAUAAUAACAAUAAUAAUAAUAAUGUUCAGAGGGACUGACUCUCCUGAUACUGAGGAAAUUGAUGACUGUAGAUUGUUCAAGAGACUUUUUUUGGUUUUCUCUGUCCUUUUUUGGGGGGGAGGGGUGUAAUUAAACUUAAGUUGAUCUAAAUGAAAA